ACAUCCACGCCAGCGACGUGGCCCAGCAGCAGCAGCACCUGCAGACAGGAAUGAGACAUUAAAGUUUAUACGUGAAACUUUAUUAUCAUCGAUGUCCAACUAGCUUUAUGUGAACUAAUCAACUUUCCUGAACGCACGUGUGCGUGCAAACGAAGACGGCGCAUGGUGUGGGCGAUACGGUGCAGAAGAGGUUCAUCCCGACAAAUUAAGGACAUGGAAGAUCUCACAGCUCAGAUCCCAAGCAACGAAAAGUCAUGUCAGACAGAUGAGCUGGAGGAAAAAGCCCCAGUGCUCAGGCCAGAGCACCUCAACCAAAUGCCAGCAUUUUGUAUAGAGCCUGGAGACCCUCCGCUGUUGCAGAGGCAGCUGCAGACAUCCAAGUCAGGCAUUCAGCAGAUCAUCGAAUGCUUUCGCACAGGUACUACACAACUGAAACACAUAUUAAUCAAAGAGGUGGACACGAUAUUUGAGUGCAAGCUUUGUCGGAGCCUUUUCCGUGGCCUUCCUAACCUAAUCACACACAAGGAGUACUAUUGCUUUCCCAGGCUGCCGGAACCAGAGCCCUCAGGAAACUGCAGGCAGAGUUUAGCCAUUAAAGAGCUCCUGGAAGUGACUUAUCCCCGUCCCAAACAGGAGGAGCCUGUAGUGCGACUGGAGCCCAUUCCAGGCAACCAGAACGCUGUGUUUCAGUAUCUAACUAAACAGAGUGAUGAGGACCUUCAUUCUUCAUCCCAAAGCUCCACCCACAGUAUGGAAGCCUGGAAACAUGAUCAACUAGAGAGCAAAGGGCAAGACACGGGGGGACGUAAUACAGGUGUAGUAAGUGAGAACGAGGAAACAAAUGAAGGAGCAGGUGAGGCACAUACAGAAAACGGUGCACAAAGAGAUGAAGCGCAGGAGCAGGAGGAUGUGGGUGAGGAAGAAAUGAUCGUUGGUGGCAUGGAUGACAUGAAUAUCACAUGCUGCCUGUGCGGCAAAGGCUUUAGUUCACGGCGCAGUGUCCACCGUCAUUGCCGUAAAGUGCACAAGAAGCGGCUAGAAGAGCUGCGUAAGUUCACCGAGACACGAACGGUGCCCAACAGCCUGCUGUCUGUGGUGAAGGAGCGCCAGGUGCACACACCACGGCCCAGCAGAAAACGCUGCCCAGUCUGUUUCAAAAACUUCGCCACCAGCGCCAACGUCCGGCGCCAUGUCAACGAGGUGCACCGUGGCCUUGUGGGUGGAGAUAUGAAGUGGGAUCAUGUCACCAAGUCAAGUGAUCUUGAAGUCAUGUCUGCUGCUCCAUGUGCCCCCCACUCUAAUAGAGUUUCUCCGCUACCCCAGUACAACCUGGCAGCCUGCAAGUGCCUGCUGUGCAAGAGGAGCUACAGCACACAGGCACGGCUCAAACGGCACAUGCAUUUUGUUCACAAGAUCCUUGUUUGCAAUAACACCGUCUCCGGCACUUCAGCUGUCAAAAAGCAUCAAUUCGAGGAGGGCACAGAUGCUAAGCAUACACACGAGCGCCUAAAGAGGCCCUCAGAGGAGGACAAAAACGAGAAAUCUCCAGUGAUGCGCAAGCCCAAGCUCUCUGUGGGCUUCGACUUUAAACAGCUUUUCUGCAAACUGUGCAGGCGGCAGUUCAGCUCGCGGCAGAAUCUCGCCAAGCACAUCGAAAUACACACCGAUAAUGCUGGUGAAAUUUUCAUCAAGUUCUACCGUUGCCCUCUCUGCCGUUACGAGUCCCGCCGCAAGCGUGAUGUGCUGCGUCAUGUCUCUGUCGUGCACAAGAAAAACUCCUCAUACCUGGCCAAGAUCUUGCAGGGUCUAGAGAGCCGUGCUGUGAAGAAGCCAGUUGAAGCAGUGCUUGGCAGUUCAGUAAAGCGUGGCCACACAAAAGAUCCAGAUGGCCAUCACAAGGGAGAGUCCACAUCGUCACACAGCCCACAGAAGGUCAGCCCUUCAUCUUCCGUGCCUCCUGUAAUCAGCAAACAGGACGUUCCUCCUCCAUCACCACCAGUCACACGCAGGCAAAGUCUUUCUCUUCACACCUCAUCUGUCACGUGCCACCAGAACUCAAAUGGAACGCCCACUGGCACAGUGGCACAGGACAGCACUGAAGUGCGCGUCACCAAGAACUUCUCACUACACGCAUGUGACGUGUGCGGCCGUGCCUUUGCCAAGAAGGUCUACAUGGAGUCACAUAGGAGGAGCCACCGCAACGCAGCCAAGACUGCUGGCAGAACAAUCGGCGUGAGCACACGUUCCAAGUCCCUACUUUGAUCCCCUUUGGGGGCAACGCUGGAUUUCUGACAGCUAGGCAGGAGUAAAGAGCUGCUAAUGUCUAAAAUGAAGAACUGAAGCAUAGAAUAAUGCUGCCACUGUAAAUACCCGACUGCUCUGGUUCAUAGCGUUUGUAUUUUGAUGGACCCGUGUAGGUAAUAAAGAAGUUUAUAUCCUUUAGCUGCACAUCCAUCUUUCCUGUCUAGACCUCACGGUGGAUGCUGUAAUUGAACUGAAUUAUUGGCGUAAACCACAAUUCCAUGAAAAAACAAUCCUUUCUCUUACUAGACCUGCCUGCAGAUAUCGCUAAACUGCAGUGUCUCAAUCUCAGCCAAGAAGUAGUAUCCAGUUUUAGUGGAUCAGCCCCAGGCCUUGUGGGGAGGCUCCAGAGUUACAGGCUGUAGCAGUGGUGCUGAUGAGGCAUGGCAAUCUCAUUGGUAUUCAAUGCAAAUAUAUAUUUCCUUUUUUUUUUUUUAUUUCUGAGGGGAAAACGACCCCGAACCUGAAAUGUUUUUGGCCUUUAGACAGACACUAUUUAUGUUAGAACCGAAUCAUAUCCAAGGGGAUAUAACUUUUUUUUUUUUUAAUCAAAGGUUUAGAAAAUUAUGUCUACAGACGUUCUUUAUGUUAUAAUACAAAGCUCAUAUGUAAGAGUAUACAGUAUGUCAUUAAAUACCAUCAAACAUUUAAUGCACAAAAUUCAGUGUUAUACCAUUUUGGCCUUUUAGAGAGCAUUUAAUGUUUGUCUUGAGAAUAUUUUGAUUUACUCAUCAUUUUUCACGUUUCUCCACAUUUGUACGAGAUCUCUCUUGCCAACAGUAACAUUAUUUACCGCUCGAAUUUAAAUAAGGGGUUCAUUAAGUUUCAGCUCUUUUGGUUUAAGAUCUAGUAAUGCUGAUGAGGUUAUAGAGCUAUACUUUUCUAAUAGGGCUAAACAAAUGUAUAUCAUUUCAAGAAUUUCCAUCAAUAAAAAAUGGGAAUAACGAG